AUGCCUGAGCCAGCGAAAUCUGCUCCAGCGCCGAAGAAAGGCUCGAAGAAAGCCGUCACGAAGACACAGAAAAAGGGUGACAAGAAACGCAAGAGAACAAGGAAAGAAAGUUACUCGAUCUAUGUGUACAAAGUGCUGAAGCAAGUGCACCCGGACACCGGAAUAUCAUCUAAGGCCAUGAGCAUCAUGAAUUCCUUCGUCAACGACAUCUUCGAGCGCAUCGCCGGCGAGGCAUCGCGCCUGGCGCACUACAACAAGCGCUCAACCAUCACGUCGCGGGAGAUCCAGACGGCCGUGCGGCUGCUGCUGCCCGGCGAGCUGGCCAAGCACGCCGUGUCCGAGGGCACCAAGGCUGUCACCAAGUACACGAGCUCCAAGUAAAGGUUUUAAUCUACAACCCAA